GGAUUAAUUAUUGUUAAGAGAAAUAGCGUUCCUGUGGUAAAUAAAUGUCCGCAGUUGCGUGAAUAUUCACAUCCAGGAUUUUCAGUAUGAGGCCAUUCUUUUUAAUAAAAUAUUUGUAUUUAGACACAUAACAUUCUGGAAGCCUUUGAAGAUGAAAAGUGAGGUGCAAAUGAUUUCAAAGAAGAAAUUCAUUAUUCUGAGCCUCUCUUGAAUAGAAACAAAAUGAACAUUCUACAAGAAAAGAGGAUACUUAACAUGUAGUGAAUCUUUAAGCAACUUUUUGGGUAUCAACGAAAAGGAUGAAACAUAGUAAGAAAAGGAAGAACAAGCCAAUUGAUGAUACCAAUUUAGAAAUGGCUACAUCUACCGGUAUGAAGGAAGAAAAGAGGACGGCAUCUCCUACAAGUAGUAGCAAUACUUCGGUCCCUAAUGAAGAACAUCCCUGUAGUUACCAACAUUCCAGCAAAUGUAGUAAUACCAUGCCAGCAUAUAUUUCAUUUCUGCCCACACUUGGAGAUUUCAACAAAUUUCCAUUGGAAAUAUUUGAAAUCAUUUUAGAAUAUCUUUCAGUGAAAGAUAUCAGUAUGAUGAGCAUGGUAUCAAAGAUUAUCAGAGAUCGUAUUGUUAAUUACAUCUCCACUCCUUCUGGAAAUAGGAGAUUUUUUCCACAGGAUUUCCAUAAUGAAAACCAAUCAGACUCUGCAGAAUCCUCCAUCCUGGAACACUACAGUUCAUUAGGCUUAUUGUUUAAAAGAUGCACAUUGUUACUACCUACAAAAGAGAGACUGAAGUACAUAAACAGAAUGUUUUCAGAAAUUUCCUGUUUCCAAUUCUAUGGCUGCUUUGAUCCUUUGCACUGUUUGGGAUUACACUGUUAUGGAGUAUUUUUACAGACCUUAACAGCAGGUUGGGAUGAAGAUGAAUGUCAACGAGUUUACAAUUUUCUCUGUGAUGUCACCAAUUUACCUCGGAGAAUACAGAGAAUUGUUAGCAGCAAGCCUGGACGUUUCCGUAAAUUGGAAUUGAGGAUAAGGUCAUUUUGCCGUGAUGUACUUCUAAACCAUUGGAUUCAUCAAAGUGAUUCGGUAUUUUGGCUGACCUGUAUUUUAAAGCCAUGGCCAAUGGUAAAUCAAGCUCGGCUGCUGUAUCUAAUAUUUGGACCUGCAUCUGUUCAUGAUGGAAAUGUUAAUUGGUGGAAUAUGAUUCAAGGCCCAACAGAGGAAAAUAAUUUGAAAGAACUCGCAGAUACUGUUAAACUAUUAUAUGAAACAGAGAAAGAUGAAUGGAUGGCGAUUGAUGUUGUCGGUCUGGUAGAUGAGCUUGCAGUACUCCCUGAGGAAUGGCAUCUUGAAAACAGCGCUCGCUUUCUUAUUAUGUGCGGAAAUAACAUCUGCUUCCCAUUUAUGGCUAGUAAAGCUGUGGAUGGUCAAGCUAUUGAAUUGGCAAGGCUGGUGGUAUUCCAAACAUUGGUAUGUGAGAAGGAUCUCUACUGCAUGGGCUGGACUGUAAAAAUGAUGCAAAAAGUUUGCAACGUCUUCACUACUGAAAAUGAAAAGAACAUUUUUUUGCAAAGUAUUGAGAAUACCUUUGCACAAAUUAUCAUGGAUUCUCUACAGUUGGUGAUAUCUGGAGAGCAUGAUGAAGAAGAGACCAGCUUUCUAAAUCUUUUUCAUCUUGUCAAUGCACAAGCAAAUUUUCACAAAGAAAUCCUUUACUUAACCAUGAAUUACAAUGUGUAAUUUUUUUUUUUUUUUUGGCUAUGAAUUGAGAAAAUAGCCAAGAAUAAAGCAUAUUACUUUGCCUGUUA